CAGUAUGUCAGAAAUCGCGUGCUCGCAAGCUAUACGAACUUCGAUCUUCAGCGAUUGCUGGUGUGAAUUGUUUAUUUCACCGGUUUGUUAACAAUGAGCGUUGUUAACGGAUUACUGCGCGUCGGCCGGCUGAUUAGGCCGUCCACAACGCUUGCCAGAUGUUUGCUGCCGGCCACCGGUGCUCCUCAAUCGGCAUGGGUCACCAUCGGACAAGUGCAUCAACAGCCGCAGCGAUCGUGGCUUUCCGCCCACCGGACACUGAGCACCAAGGUGGCGGAAGAAGGAUAUCACACGAUUAUACGCGACCAAGAGAAGGCAGUUGGGACGAGCGACAAGCACGAGUUCCAGGCGGAAACACGCAUGCUGCUCGACAUCGUGGCCCGUUCGCUCUACUCCGACAAGGAGGUGUUUGUCCGGGAGCUCGUAUCGAACGCUAGCGAUGCGCUGGAAAAGUUCCGCUUUCUCGUGCAAACAUCGACCGGCGCGGCCAGCGAUGGUGAAGCGGGUGAGUUCGCGGAAGCGGACCGCUCGCUCGAAAUACACAUCGGCACGAACAAGCAGGACCGUCAGCUAACGAUCCAGGAUACCGGCAUUGGGAUGACGCGGGACGAGCUGGUGGCCAAUCUCGGCACCAUUGCCCGGUCCGGCUCGAAACAGUUCAUGGAGCAGCUGAAGGAGAGUGGGCGCGGAACGCAAGAAAACGUGCAAAAUAUUAUCGGCCAGUUUGGCGUUGGGUUUUACUCGGCGUUCAUGGUAGCGGAUCGGGUGGACGUGUACACUCGCUCGUCCCGGGCCGGUGCGCCCGGCCUCAAGUGGUCGUCCGAUGGUUCGGGUACGUUCGAAAUUCAGGAGGCGGAGAAUGUGGCCAUCGGCACUAAGAUUGUGAUCCAUCUGAAGGCGGACUGUCGGGAGUUUGCGGACGAGGACCGGAUCCGGGAGGUGAUCCGGCGCUACAGCAACUUCGUGGGCAGUCCCAUCUUCCUGAACGGCAAGCAGGCGAACCAGAUCCAGCCGAUCUGGCUGAUGGAACCGAAGCAGGUGACGCCCGAGCAGCACAACGAGUUCUACCGGUUCGUGGGCAACACGUUCGACACGCCCCGCUUUACGCUGCACUACAAAACGGACGUUCCGCUCAGCAUUCGGGCGCUGCUGUACUUCCCCGAAGGUAAGCCGGGCCUGUUCGAGAUGUCGCGCGAUGCGGACGGCGGUGUUGCCCUGUACACGCGCAAGGUGCUGAUCCAAUCCAAGACGGAGAACCUGCUGCCCAAGUGGCUGCGCUUCCUGAAGGGCGUCGUCGAUUCGGAAGACAUUCCGCUCAAUCUGAGCCGCGAGCUGCUGCAAAACAGUGCGCUCAUUCGGAAGCUGCGCACGGCGCUAACGAACCGCACGCUGCGCUUCCUGCACGACCGCUCGCAAAAGGAACCGGAAAGCUACGACAAGUUCUACAAAGACUACGGGCUCUUCCUGAAGGAAGGCAUCGUGACCAGCCAGGAGCAGCAGGAAAAGGAAGAGAUCGCCAAGCUGCUGCGGUUCGAAACGAGCAAGGAACCGAACCGGACGGUAUCGCUGCCCGAGUAUUGCCAGCGGCAGGCGGAAGGCCAGAAGGAUAUAUACUAUCUGGCCGCGCCGAAUCGUACCCUGGCGGAAGCUUCCCCGUACUAUGAGUCGUUGAAGAAGCGCGGCAUCGAGGUGCUGUUCUGUUACGAAGCGUACGAUGAGCUGGUGCUGAUGCAGCUCGGCAUGUAUUUGGGCAAGAAUUUGGUGUCGGUCGAGAAGGAGAUGCGCCGUUCCGAUGCGUCGACCGAUGGGAAGGAUGCGGACGGGCUGAUCGAAGGUUCGCUGCUGAAAACGCAAAUCGAUGAGCUGCUGCCGUGGCUGAAGGACAAACUUACCGGCAAGGUGUCGAACGUGAAGACGACCGGCAAGCUCGAUACGCAUCCGUGUGUGGUGACGGUGGAGGAGAUGGCCGCUGCCCGGCACUUUAUCAAAACGCAGAGCCACAACAUUAGCGAAGAGAACCGUUACGCACUGUUGCAGCCGCAGUUUGAAAUCAAUCCCAAACAUCCCAUCAUUAAGAAGCUACACAAACUAACGAGCAGCGAUCCGGAACUGGCCGAACUGUUGGCCAAGCAGCUGUUCUCGAACGCGAUGGUGGGCGCCGGUUUGGUGGAUGAUCCGCGCAUGCUGCUGACGAGCAUGAACGAUCUGCUGCAAAAGGUACUUGAUAAGCAUUAGUGGGGAGGGGGGGAGGGCACUAGGCAACCGCCCACUCGCACUGUUUACUGUUUCGUUUAAGGCUAGGUGAUACGACGAGAUGUGGUGCUGUUAAAAUAAAGCUCAUUUAAAUGGUAUCGUUCGAAAAAAAAAAUGGUGCAAUGAGGUGGCGAAAAAAAAGUUUAUUGAUUGAGAACGGUUGGGGGCAUUUACAUAAUUUGGCAUAUUCUUGAAAACAAGUAAAUAUUUUUAAAGAGUAAAGUUCACAUCAAACUCAUAGAAAGAGGAAUUGAUAAGACAUGCCUAAUAUUCGUUUGAACAGUAUUUUUCUACAAAAUUCCAUUUCAUUGCUUCUGUUACAUUAAAAAAAUGGAGAAUUUAAAACGGCUACUGCCCUCUCCAACCCGCGACCAAUGCUACACUAAAGUGAAACAUCAAAUGAUCCGUCUGGCGACACAUGAACGGUGCACGCUAACGAGGCCGAAUCGUUGCCUUUCUAGCACGUGGUUUCGCCUGAUAAAAAAAGAAGAAAAAUAGAUCCCAUGCGAAGGAGACGCGCUGAUAAGGGACAAAGUGUCACUUGCCCGUUAAUAUCUACCCCUCUCGUAUUGUACACAAUAACGGUACAAUUCUUCCUUUUUGGUGGUAUAAUACCAAUCGAAGAAUGUUGUUCAUUGUUGAUGACUUUUUGAUACAAUGGAGCUCUUUUCAAAAUGUAAAACAGUUUAGGGAAGAAAAUGUAACAGAAAUCAACAUUGCAUGUAAGCUAAAUCCAUCCACUAAGCUGCUCCACUCCUUCAGAUUCGCGCAAACGCAAGACGGGAUCCACUAUCUUCAGAUUGCUAUCUUCAGUGCAACGCGUAAGCAUUAAUCCAGGCUAUUUAAAUAGAGCGUGUGUGUGCGCCAAAAUCACAUGGUGUACUGCGGUCUUGCCUUGAUUCGUUGGUUAAAUACGAGCGCGCAGAAUUUAAGUGUUACAAAACUUUAAUAAUUACAAAGAAAAUAUGUAUCAAUUUCUGAAAUCCAUGUUACAAUUCCAAAAAAUUGUCCAAAGUAAAAAGUCAUCAAAUAGAGAGUAUCCAUCGGAACUGUAUCUGUAUCUAAUCAAACAUACAUACGCACACACACACAUACCGUUCGCUGGUCAUAUGAUGGUAACCGCUAACAACGUUGGAGAUUUCUUCUACGUAAUCGCCAUGUGAUGCGCGUAUCGUCCGGCCGCACCAACCCUUACGCGUUGUUAGCCCCAUCGUCGAGGCGGAUGAUUAUCUUCCCCCAGUCCCGGGGUGGGUGGGUGGUUGGGGAAAAAAUGCCAGUUUGCGUGCGUGAUAGGAAAGUUGCUUUAACAAAAAGAAGAAAACCAGGUGCUUGGAUGGUGUUUUACACCUUUCGGCCUUGUUUUCUUCCCCGACAGAACCUUGCCGGGUAUAUCAUGACAUUCUUAUUAAUCACGAUGUCGUCACGGCGGGGCAACCGUUUGCAGAUGGUCGGAAACGGUUCGGGUUCGCUGUAGCAGAUCAAGCAAAGUUCCGGCAUUUGGGGGCUGCUGGGGGAGAGGGUAGUAUAGAUCGGCGAUGUACUGUACUUGAUAACCCGCUAAUGAGGUAACGUGAGGGAUCUACAUAUUACAAAACCACCACCGAAGAAAAGAAUUGUUCGGUUUGUCGUCAAUGGCCUUUAUAAAUCGUUCGAAAAAGUUGAUCUUUAUAAAUGGACGGAAGAGAAAAACAGUUUGAAAGCUUUGUAUGGUGU